CUGCGGCCAAGGCCCUCAAGAUUGCAUAUUUUACUCGAUGCGGACUUUCGCUGCUCCGAACUUAAGAUCAGAAAACCUCAAAACCCCAAAAAUAUGGCGGAGACGAAGGCCUUCGACGGGUUCGAGCCCAUAUUUGGGGAGUCCACGGCGGAACUGGAGGAGGGCGAGUCCUUCGGAGCUGUAUUCCGCCGCUCCUUCCUGUUUUAUGUCCACCCUUUAGAUUCUUCUCAGCUAGAGAUCGUGGCCUCCAACUUCCAAUCCAACACCUUCAAAUGCGUCCUCACCGUUAUGGACAUCGAUGACCUGAGAGAUGAAACUGGAAUUGGUGGCUCAUGGAAUGACUUUGUUCAUUAUCUUUUGGCUUCUUUGUCCACCGGUGAUGUAAAGCUUAUCCUUGAUGGUCCAGAAAAUUUUCGAACUGGCAGUAGUGUUUCCCAUGCGAAGUUAAUAACUCACAAGUCAAAAGGACUACCUCGCAUUUCUCUUCUUCUCAAUGGACUAGUGAAUUUACCAGCUAAGGAUGCUACUGCGAAUAUCUCUUCGGCACUGUUCAACGCAUACAAAAGCAAACAUUUUGACGUCUUGAAAGGUUGCAUUAUCUUCAACAAAGGAGAAACCAUAAUAUCAUCUGCUUUACUUCUUUCUACGUGGCAUGUGUAUUUCUUGAGUUUACUAAACUAACAACUUACCUCCAAUAAUUAAUUAGCUUUACAUAUUAGAUUUUUUAGGGCUAUGGAAACAUUGUUUUUUUUCUCGGAAAAUUCUAGGUUUUACUGAUUAUAUGAACCACACUGCAUUCUUUAUUGAUAUUUCUAGGAAUACAUAGAUUUUACUGAAUCUAUGGACAACACUGCAUUCUUUUUCUUCUUUUGUUUUAUUUUUAUAGUUAAAGCUCUGUCUCAAUGCUUCAACUUUUUAUAGUUGGUAAUCUACGCAGAUCACAUACUCCCUGUUUCUUUGUUACAUAAUGCUACUUUUGUAGUUACUCCUUGUUUUCAUUGUAUAUUUUCAUCAAAAUUCAAUUUUUACUAUGAUGAGGCAUACAUUGUUUUCUUUUCUUCUUUUUUCAAAACUAACUUAUGGAUCAUAUUGAAUUGGUGUUUUCUUUUCUGAUCACACAGUUUAAUGCUCUAUAUUCAGUAAAAAGUUAGUACAAUGUGCCUAUAUUAAUCUUUUUGCCUGGAAAUAUUGUGCUAAGUGAUGGAACCUAGUUGUUUAUGGAACUUAGUGACAUAAUUGAUUCUCAUCAUCUAGAUGUUGGAUUAUAUUAGGCUUAUGAACAUGGUGCUUCUGUCUUUGUACAAGAUGCUGGUGAUUGCAUGCUUUAUUGAUCAAGCCAAAAGAAUGAACCAAUUUUUCCUAGAAAACCUUGACAUCCAUUGUUCCUGAAAAUGUUUUUUCUAGAAGAUUUCUGAGGCUCAGGAAAGUGCGGGAUGAUCCCUGGUUAAUAUUUUACCGAGAAGCUGACCUUUAAUGUUCAGAACUUUGACAAUGAUUUUAGAUCUAUUUUAUUUUGGUUUGUUCGGGUGUAUGGUUACCACUUUUAAACUGUGGUUAAUUUUCAAUUAAGAGAAUUUCUGCAUAAACUCUAAGAGAACAUACAAACUGGAUGCUAGUGACAGACAAUUGACAGUAGAAUUCUUUCAACCACAAUUUAAGAUCGGUCAGCAAUCUGCAUCUUUUGAUCAAUACGACAGUUGAUCACUGCAACAAAUUGAGGGAGUCAAAAUCUGUUGUAUUCUUGCUAUAGUGAUAGCUAAAGCAUUUUCUUAAUAGGUGUUGUUGGAUAUUGAAUUGAAUCACUAUUGGUAGAUGUCUUUUUCUUCCAUUCAGUGAUUUUCAGGGUAGGAAUCUUCAGCCCGUAUGUGUUAUCAAGGUAUGUGGAACUUAACCAUGGUUCAUGAGUCACCUUAGAAGGUUUCAGGCUUCUGGGAUGCUUGCCUUCAUUUUUUUCAGUAGACCCUAGACUAGUGUUUUAUUGGAAGGUGUAUUUCUCAAUUGGUAGGGUUCAUUUUGGGCCUGUAAAAUUCUUACCUAUCUCUGCUAAAUAUGUUGUUAUUUUGGAUUUAUUUUUUAGAAGGCAUAUUAGGUAUUCAGAUGAGAUAUUACCCAUAGAUUUUACCCUCAUAAAAGGACUUUAUGAUAUAAUUGAAAUUGUUCCAUAGGCGCAAGCUCCUGUCUCUCUUGAUAUUGAGAGAAAAUUUUGACUAAGGCUACUUAGUAGGCUCUACAAUGUUUUCUUUAGCAGUAAUAAUUUGGAUUGAGGAAAAAAAAUAUCGCUAUUGGCCACAGUGGUUGAUGGGUUUAAUCCUUCAAAUUCAUGUUUUUCAUUAAGAUCAUCUCAUCCUUUCAUGGGAACCUGUCACAUGACAAAGCUAUUCAUCCAAAGCACCUAACUAUCUUAACUCUUUGAAAUUUCCUUAGGUUAAUCAUCUCGGGAAGUCUUUCGUGGUUAGUCCAGGUAUUUCUCUUGAGUACCUUCUCUUGAACUCCCCUUGGAAACUCUUACUCAUGCUCAAGCUUGCCCCAAGUGUUCAUUCCCGACACAUUAAUUUUCAUCCCAAUCAAUCUCAAAGCACUUAGCAACUAGAGUUGGGGAUUCGACACCUAUCCAUGUGCAUCCCAUUUAUGACACAUGGCAAGGAUUUGUUGCUUCCUAAUGUUCUGUUGCACCACAUUCAACUCUAUCAUUUAAUCACCGUAAAAAAAUAUUGGCCUAAAACACAUUUUUCAUAGCACUCAACCAAUCGUAGUAAUGUGACUCAUAUUAAUAGGCAAAUUGCUACAUUAUCAUGCGCAACUCCAAUUUACCAUGCAUUUCAAGUAGUAUUUAUCCAUCUCCUCUUUGCCUCGGCCUCAUUCUCUUGCUUUGUUUACAUCCAGUAAUUAGUCUCCUCUCAACAUAUGACCCCUAGGCUUCCUCUCAAAGGCAUGGAAAAUUUUUUUUUCCCUAAGCACUUAAGACAUUGUACUUAUGUCAUUUUACACAAAGGUGAGUGCACACAGAUACAAGAGCCAAGAGCUUUUCCACUAUAAACCUCAUCAUACUUUACGAAGCUUGAUGCUACCAUAGUGUUGUUCAUGCUCUACGAUGGCUUAUGAUAGUUACUAAUCUUCACCACCUUCGUAUUGCCACUUGUCAUCCCCCCACUACAACAACCAACAUAAUUUACAAAACAUUCAUUCCUUAUCACUUUGUCUCUGAGCAGCAACAACUAUAAAUAUCCCAAUUUCACAUCUUUUGAAAGACGUUGCUUUGAAAUUUAAAGGAUUUUCUAUGAUUUUAGUUAUUUGGACUCCUAUCAAAAUUCUCUUCUUUCUAGUAUCAUUGCACACUCAAGCUAGAAUGAAUUUAGAUAGGCUCCUAUUUUUGAACUAUGAUAACUAAGGUUUUAAAAUCCAGACUGGACCGACAGGUUCAACCAUGAACCAGCCAGUUGUCCGAUCCGGUCCAGUUUAAAAACCGGCUUUGCAGAGAACCGACCUGAACCAACGGUUCAACCGGUAAACCGGCGAACCGGUCUAGGUUCGAAAGAACCGGCCGGUUUAAAAUUAUUUUUUAAUUUUAAAUAAAAUAUAAACAAUAUAUUUUAAUUUAUAACAUUUUUUUAAAAUAAAUUUUUUAAUUAAAUAAUGAGAUUUUUAAUACCAUAAUAUAUGAAUGUCAUAAAAUAAGUUUUGUUAGAAAAGAGGGAACUAUAUAAAGAGCUAAAAGGCAACCAUCUCAUACUCCUUCAUGAUGUGUGACUAAAAAAGUUACAUUAAUAUUAUAUGAGCUUGAAUGUGAGUUUGAGCUUUAUUGGACCAUUAAUUUUGGUUAGUUGGACCAUAAUUUUGGCUGGUUGGGUGCAAAGUUUUUUAAUUUGUAUUAUAAA